AAAUUGUAUGAAGGAGAAGUUUCAUCAAAAACAAAAUGUAAAAGCUGCUUUUAUUUAUUAUUAUGUUAUUUAAUAAAAUAAAAAAUCUCUCCGAUUAAUUUAAGACCAGAAAAAUCUCUCUCUCUGUUUGUUCGGCUUCUGCUUUGGAGAUCCACACGAACUUCUUCCCUCCAACCAUACAAAAAGGUUACGAGCUGCGGUCUCGUUCUGUGUUCGUUGCCGAGCAUUGAAUUUUUUUUAUUUUUUUGGGCAUUCCAAAUAUUUUGGUUCGGAAGUUGUGUGCUGCUGCUGAAUAUCCUUUGAGCUAGAAACUGCAUUUGGGUUCUUUCAGCAUUCUCUAAUCCAUAUUGGGUAAGAGAGAAAAUCCAGGGAAUGCUGAAAGAUGUGCCUCAAUGCUUGGGACUCUGCUUUUAAACUCGUGGAGGCUGUGACUUUCAUCGAACUGGUUUUCUAUACCCUCCAUGAGUCUGGGCCUAUAAAUCAGAUUUUGUUCUCUCACAGUUCCCAAAAGCAUUGUGGGCCCACAAAUAGAUAUAAAAUGCCUCUGGUGUUAAUGCAUGACCGGUGUGAAGACGGUUGAGCUGCUUUUUGGUAUUAUUUACUCGUACCCUGUGUAUUAUAUAUAUAGGCGGUACUAGAAGAACCACCUAGUUUAUCAUUGUGUAUUAGGAUUUGAAGUUUGGAAUGGAAAAUAAGUCGAAUGUGUUGAUGCGAAGAUAUGAAUUAGGGAGAUUACUUGGCCAAGGAACCUUUGCAAAGGUUUAUUAUGGAAGGAGCAUGGAAACUAAUCAGAGUGUAGCCAUCAAAGUUAUAGACAAAGACAAGGUGAUGAAGGUUGGGCUUGUUGAUCAGGUCAAGCGGGAAAUAUCUGGUAUGAGGCUGGUUAAGCACCCUAAUAUCAUAGAGCUUUAUGAGGUCAUGGCUACCAAAAGUAAGAUCUACUACAUCAUGGAAUAUGCCAAAGGAGGUGAGUUAUUUAACAAAGUUGCUAAAGGAAAGCUGAAGGAGGAUGCUGCACGGAAGUACUUUCAUCAGCUAAUCAGUGCGGUUGAUUUUUGUCACAGUAGAGGAGUUUAUCACCGGGACAUAAAGCCGGAGAACCUAUUGGUAGAUGAGAAUGACAACCUAAAAGUCACUGAUUUUGGAUUAAGUGCUCUUGCUGAAUCCAAGUGGCAAGAUGGGCUGCUGCAUACCACAUGUGGCACUCCUGCCUAUGUUGCUCCUGAAGUCAUUGGCAGGAAAGGCUAUGAUGGGGCAAAAGCUGAUGUUUGGUCUUGUGGGGUUGUGUUAUAUGUCUUAUUAGCAGGUUAUCUUCCAUUUCAUGAUUCAAAUUUGAUGCAGAUGUAUAGGAAGAUUGGUAAAGCUGAGUUUAAAUGCCCUAAUUGGUUUCCUGCUGAAGUACGAAGGCUGCUGUUUAAGAUCUUGGAUCCAAACCCCGGUACCAGAAUCACCAUUCCCAAAAUUAAGGAAAGUUCUUGGUUCAAAAAAGGAUUUUACUCUAAAAGUACAAAAUCUGAUGUGAAAAAUGAGGAUCUAUCUUCUACAGAUACAGAUACAGAUAUUGGUGCUUCAGGUCCCCGCGAGAAUGGUAAUACAGCUGCUGAGACAAAACAAGAUUCUGUCAUACCUCCAAACUUAAAUGCUUUUGACAUUAUUUCCUUUUCUGCUGGGUUUGAUCUUUCUGGCCUGUUUGAAGAAAAUUCUGAAAGGAAAGAAGCAAGAUUCACUUCCAGAAAAUCUGCCUCAACCAUCAUCUCCAAGAUAGAAGAAAUUGCAAAGCGAUUGAGGAUGAAAGUGAAGAAGAAGGAUAGAGGUUUGAUGAGAUUGGAGGCAUUGAAGGAAGGUCGAAAGGGAAUUUUGUCCAUCGAUGCAGAGAUCUUUCAGGUCACUCCGACUUUUCAUUUGAUCGAGUUGAAAAAAUCAAACGGUGAUACGUUGGAAUAUCAAAAGAUAUUGAAAGAGGACUUGAGACCUGCACUUGCUGAUAUAGUAUGGGUUUGGCAAGGUGAAGAACAACUGCUGCCAUCCCAGCAGCUCCAGCAGGUACAACAACAGCAACAACAUUUACAGCCUCAAGAUCAGCUGCAACAAUUACAGCAGCAAGACCAGCAGCCAGCAGUAGCAACGAAUUAGCAUCUUUCCCAUGAUAUCUGACAUUUGUUUGUACAUUUCAGAAGUUUACUGAUACCAAACUAUUUUAUCUGUUCCAGUAUGCAUUAUGUCCCCCUCCUUUAACUUGCUUCUUUUUGCCCCUUAAGAAUCGGUUCUUUUCUUCCCCCUCCCACCCCUCCCCUCCAGUUUUUCCUUUGUCAUGUCCUGUAAUUAUAGUUCUUGCAAGUGUGUGUUGAUGUCCAUGUAUUUAAUUUUCUAUUUUCCAUCUACUUAAAUUUUAUAAAUUGACCUUACAAAAAUCAUUAUAAAUGAAACAAAAGCCUAUGCUUAAUUCCCUUCU